AGCGUUCCAUGCAGUCAGCGCCGAGAGCUCGAUAGUGAAUAUAGUAUUAGUAGCGCGUUGUGUUGACAGUGGUUACGGUGAUAGUUGGCGGCAAUCGCCGCUGCUGAUUAAAGGUACGACACGCAGACGAGAUACGCGCGCGUAACGACGCGGCCAUGCUGUAGCAUUUGCCGCGUAUAUUCGACGCCGCUGCGUGUUGACAAGCAUUGUCGUCGUCGUCGUCGUCGUCUGCGCUGUUCUCUUCUUCAUCGUUGAUCAUGAGCAACGUGGUACACAACCCGGGCGGGCUGGCGAGACUGUCGACACUUCUGGGUGCUCCAGAGGCCGCACUGCGUCUCCUCAUCUCGAUUUUACUGGGCUUCCCCGUUGCCCUUUUUCAUAGGUAUACACUCUAUGGCAAAGAUCCCAUUCGUCAGCACUUAUUUUUCAUAGCGUGCGGUCUCUCAAUUGGUUACUGGAAUUACGAUUAUAACAUACUUCAUUCAUCAACGGCGGUAUGCGGAACGUAUCUCAUCCUGACGGUUCUCGGCAGCACCGGGUUAUCCGUCAUAAUAACAUUUCUCUUCAACAUGACGUAUCUACUUUACGGCUAUUACACCACCAGUACCCAAGAUUAUGAUAUAAAAUGGACAAUGCCGCAGUGCGUGCUAACCCUUAGAUUAAUAGGGCUUGCAUUUAAUUUAUGGGACGGUCAGAAACGUGACGAGGAGCUCUCCGAUAGUCAAAAGCGGGUUAUCUUGAAAGAACGACCAUCGCUAUUGGAAAUUGCGGCGUACGUUUAUUUUCCGGGCGCCUUCCUGAUUGGACCGCAAUUCAGUAUGCGGCGAUACUUGGACUAUGUCAAUGGUCAGCUUGCAGAACGCGAUUCUCAAACUGGUGCCAUCAAGCUGCCAGAUUGUGUGUCGGCGGGAUUCUUACGAGCUUUUGUCGGAUUCAUAUAUGUAGUGAUAUUUCAAAUCGGUACACUUUACGUUUCUGAUCAAUAUCUCUUUGAACCAUCAUUCCAGAAGCUAAAUUUAAUAAAGAAAUGCUUGAUAAUCGGCCUGUGGGGCCGCAUUAAUCUCUACAAAUACAUCAGCGUUUGGCUAAUCACAGAAGGAGUUUGCAUCGUCUUUGGUCUUACAUAUAAUGGAAAAGAUUCUGAAGGUCGUGUUAAGUGGGACGGUUGCGCGAAUGUUAAAUUGCGGACAUUCGAAACUACUAUGCAAUUCAAUGACUACAUUCUCUCCUUCAACAUAAACACUAAUCACUGGUGUGCGGAAUACAUUUACAAGAGGCUGAAGUUUCUGGGUUCAAAAAUGUACAGUCAAAUAAUGACGCUGCUUUUCCUUGCUCUCUGGCACGGUUUUCACUCCGGAUACUAUCACUGUUUCUUUAUGGAGUUUGUUGUAUUAUACUUCGAGCGAGACAUUGGACCGGUAUUAAAGAACAGCGAGAUAGUACAAACGAUGCUGAAAAUACGAUGGGAAGCACGCGUUCUCGCUUGGAUCUUUCUGAAGCUUUACACUUUUGUUUUCAUGGGCUAUAGCCUCGUAUCGUUCGUACUUCUUUCGUAUCCGCGAUAUAAUGAAGUUUACGCUAGUAUGUAUUAUUGCGGACAUGUGUUCUUCCUCUCUUAUCCACUGCUCGCGCCAUACAUUAAACGGUUGCUUGGUCAAAAACCAAGUCAGCGAUCGCACCAAGAAUAAGAUGAUUCGAUCUUUCUUUUUUUUUUCUUCGAUAUUAAGGUAUUGCUCUUGUACUUGUUUUUCCUUCCGUCGCCCGAUACUUUAGAAGACAUAUAACUGUAGUGUAAUGAACGCUGAUGUUAGUUACAUUCACUUACAGUCACUAGUCUUCAAAAGAAAUGUGAUAGUGCAUAUCCAACGGAAGAUACGGGAAAAAAUAAAGUAUAUUAUCAUUACUAUCGUGUUUCGUAACGGUUAUGAAUUUUUUAAAACAUGAAUUUCUAUCGCUUAAAUAUAUCCUCGAUCGAAUUUCAUAAGUAAAAAACUUCUUUGAAGAAUCUUGCUGAAACGAAAUAGCGAUAGUAGUGGAAUAUACGGAUAUUACUAUUAAGAACAUUAUUAAUUUGUUGCACCGUUUAAAAAAAAAAUCCGCUGGUCGGUAAUUUCGUGUGCCUGUACUUGGAAGUUUCUACGAUCAAACUUUACGACACGAAAAUUCAAGAAAUAUAAUUCUACAAUAUAAUUCAACAAUAUAAUUCUAUAACAAGAUACUUCAGUAUUUUCCUAUAAUAAUACGUUCUUACGUCUUCAAUCAUAUUUUUGUAUAUCUAGCAUAUUCAAUUGAGCAAAGUUUUAUUUAUAUGUAUAAUAAAAUCUGUUAAAACGCGUUAUGCCUUUUAGUGAUAAGGACUGUUAUGAUAACAAUAGUAGCGUUAGCUAGUCAAAUAUCAUAAUAUCCUAAAAAGACACGAACGAGAAAGCAACUGUGCAUUUAGAUACCGCAAUAAGAAUGUCUAUUCACAAAAAUAAAUUCAGAGAAAUUGCAUUACAGAGGACAUUUAGAGAAUAAUACCGUGAUUUUGUAAGCGCAAAAACAGCUAAAACAAUAUAGUCAAAUCAUGCGAUAUCAUGCACGAUUUCAAUUGAAAUAUAUAUAUAUAUAUUUUAUCGUAGUGCUACGUUUUGUCGAUCUAAUACAAUUAACUACGUUUUACUAUACCUCUCUAGAUGUAAAUACGACGAUAACAGACCGUAAUUCUAGUCGGGUGUGUACCUUCUACCGUAUGUACGCACGCUGCAUUAGUAUCAAUAUGCAGUAACGCAAGAAGCGAUUUUCAAUCUUAUAUAUUCGCAAUUAUUUUUGUAGGUAAAA